AUGCCGCCUAUGCUCUGGCGAAUGCAAUCAAGAUUGUCUUUCCACUUGCCUCACUUGCUCUGUCUAUGGCAUAUUAACAGAGCAAUUCUGAGUAAAAUCAAGAAGGUCUGGUGUCAUUUUACUCAGCGAGACCUUGGCUUUGCCACUCAGGAAGAUAUUGAUGAGCCUUCACAGAUAGAGGAUCAAAUUAAGUGUCUCAUGAAGAAUUGGUGGAAAUGUGUCAACGCGACUACUGAGGAGUGCGCUAAUCACCUAUUCCCCACACACCAAAUUGGUAAGAAACGGACUCGAGCAGAGGAUGAUAAAGAAGAGCAGGAUCUAUUGCGGCAGUGGGAGGAUCGACAGACAAAGGUCGCUGCGUUCGUUGCAGGACGAAAUGUUGAACGAUUUCGAGGUUUGCUCGUAGAAUGGGUUGUCCGGGCCCAAAUCCCGUUUUCUGAUAUGGAAGAUAAGGGAUUUCGGGAUAUACUGCAGGCCUUGCUACGGAGAUGGCUUGAGAGGUUGGAGGGUAUUUCGUUUUUCUAG